GACCAGAGUGAGAGCACAGGGAGCCUGGGCUGCUAAAUGCUCCAGCCUCAAAGGGACGAUGGUGGAGGGCUGGUAAAGAUGGCGGCGCUCUCCGAGGAUGGGAGGUACGGAUUAAAUUGUGGCCAACAGAGCGCAGAUAGAGUCACCGUAUUGCACGUCAAAUUGACCGAGACAGCGCUGAGAGCAAUAGAGAGCCACCAAAAUUGUAAGAAUGUACCUUCUUUGCAGCCAACGAUACAAUUCAAGGGACUCCAAGGGCGCAUUAAAAUUCCCAAGAAUAAUUCAUCCUCAGACACCUUCCACAAUUUUGAUUUCUACCUGUCUAAUGUGGGCAAGGACAACCCUCAGGGAAGCUUUGAGUGCAUCCAUCAGUAUGUGUCGAGCUCAGGGGCCUCACACCUGGCAUUGUUGGCGACUGUACAGGACAAGGUCACAGUGUGCGCCACUAAUGACUCCUACCAGGUGACCCGGGAACGCAUGACCCAGGCCGCGGAGGACACACGUGAACGUGGGACCAAAGUCAUCAAGCCUGGGGGCCAGUACAGAGGAAAGCAAGUCCAUAUACGUAAGCCGGCGCUAUCAGCCCCAGAUGUGGUCCCUGAGCGCAAGCGCUCCACACCCAUCAACCCAGCCAACACUAUUCGUAAGUGCCUUUCCAAUAAUCCCGUGUCUCAGCGGCCGUUCCGGGACCGCAUCAUCCACCUCCUGGCGCUGAGGUCCUACAAGAAGCUGGAAGUGCUUGCCCGUUUGCAGCGGGACGGCAUCAACCAGAAGGACCGAAACUUACUGGGGACCACCCUGCAACAGGUGGCCAACCUGAACCCCAAAGACAACACAUACUCACUGAAGGAGUUUAUUUAUCGUGAUGUCCAGAGAGACUGGCCUGGCUACUCUGAAGAUGAGAAGACCCAGGUUGAGCGGAUCCUGGCUCGCAAAUUAGGUCUUCCUACUGAGACCCUCUCAUCAAGCAGUCCUCCCAAAGAGAGUGUCCCCACAUCCCCCCAGAAGCGCCAGCCAGACUUUGAUUUCAUCGAUCCUUUGGCGCCCAAGAAAGCCCGCAUCUCCCACCUCAGCAAUCGGGGGCCAGCAACAUCUUCAUCCUCCUCCUCUGACCGCCACGAGGACGAGGGCAGCCCCAGCUCUAAACGCUCGUCCCUACCCUCCAAUGUCACCUCGGGCCCUCCCAGCCAUCUCCCCAUCUCGUCCCACCCUCCUGCACCCUCUCACCAGCAGCCCAGCCCAGCCUCCAACUCCAACUCACCCAGCACGCCAGAGGGCUGUGGCACGCAGGACCUUCCCAUGGACCAGAGUUCUUCCUGCAGGGAUCCUUCACCCAGCCCCUUCUCCUCGGAUAGGUCCCUGCAGGACCGCUAUCAGCACCCUGUCCCCGUCCCCAGGCCAGCUGCCUCCCCCAUCCCUCCUCCCCCUCCUUGCACCUCACUCACAGUUACCUCCACUGUCAUCACCAGCCCUUCCUUGUCCAGCACUACCAACAAGAAGUCGAAAAAGAAAUCCAAGAAGCACAAAGAUAAGGAUCGAGAGAGGGAGAAAGGGAAACAGACGGAAAAAGGUAGCAAAAGCCCUCCCAGUGUAGCAGUGCAGGCUGAAGAGACUCGUAGAGCCAAAAAGAAGCGCAGUGUUGAGGAAGACAACAGUGAAGUUAUCAUCAAGAAUCCUCACAAAGACCAAGACUCUUCAGAUAAAGAGAAGCCAGUCCAGUCCACUGAAUUCUCCUCCACCAUUGAGAUGCCAGACUAUGUAGUGAAGUACAUGCCGUUGUUGUCUGUGGACCAGCGACAAAACUACAAGGAUGACUUCAAUGCAGAGUAUGAUGAGUAUCGCCUGCUACACGCCCGCGUGGAGAGCAUCACCCGCCGCUUUACCCAGCUGGAUUCCCAGUGUCGGAAACUGGCACCAGGCACCAAAGAAUAUCAGAAGGUGCAAGAAGAAGUCUUGAAAGAGUACAAAAAGAUGAAACAACACAGCCCCAACUACCACGUGGAGAAACAACGCUGCGAGUACCUGCACAACAAGUUGGCCCACAUCAAGCGGCUAAUAGCUGAUUUUGACCAGCGCAGGGCUCAGUCCUGGUGCUGAGAGCACAGCACACAACAUCCUCACUGAUCAGUAUUGAGAAAGGAGUGUCGAACCAGGAGGGGGUGUCCAACUGGCUGUUAUUUAUUAACACCCCUUCAGUUACUGCCUCUGCAAGAGCACCCCUCCCCCCACCUCUCCUCCUUCCCUUUUCCCAUCAUCCUUUUUCAUUCCUUGCUUCUUUUUUCGAUCUUUGAUUCCACUGGCUUCAUUGUUGCCUGCAACCUUGAAAAUCUCACUUUGAAUUUACCCCCCAUCUUUUGCUUUCUCUGUUUCUUCUCAAUGAGCUCCUGUGGAAUUUCAUACCACUGGACCAGUGGCAGGGGCUGCCUGCAUGUGUGAAGGGGUUUGGGGAAAAAACUUCAACUCUUCUAAACUUUGAAGGACUUCAUCUUCAGGCAAAAAAAAAAGAACAAAAAAAGUAUUUUUGAGCAUCAGAAAAUAUUAACUUGUAUUUAAGUAAAAAAAAGAAAGAAAGAGGGAGAUCUAUUUAUUUUGGGACUCGUAGUGCAAAGAAGAGUCCGCAGAUGAUAUAUUGUUUAACUUUUGUUGAAAACAAUGCAAAAAAAAUUUACCGCGGGCCUUAUGUGUUUUGACUUUGUGAAGCCAUUUUGCACGCAAGAUCCAUUAUGUCGUCUCAUUUAGCAAAGAUGUCUCUGCUGCCUCAUUUCCUCUCUGAUCAUAGAAACUGUACUGGAUAACCUUGCUUCAACACGUUGCUGAGUUUGAGGCUGAAUUGAGAGGAAAUGAGACGAGCAGGAGAAAUCACCUGCGCUGAAUGAGAAGCAACAACAGUAUGUGUGCAUGGAUUGUAAAUUUAGUUGUAAUGGCCACGUGGGGUGGUGAGGGUGGGGUAAUGAAAGGAAUAUGAUCCCCUGUCAGUAGGGGGCAGUAUUCCCUGCACCAAAAGUGUUUAGUGUUCAUGGUGCAUUAUGGGUGCCUUAAGGUGUUUACACUCAGAAACGUUGAGUUGGGCCGACCCUUAGGGUCCACAGGCAACACAAAGGAACUAUAACUGCCUGGAAACAGGUUGUGUGUGUAUGUAUGGGUGUGUGUGUGCAUGUCGGAGUUGUAGAAGGAAAGGAUGUUAAGUCUGGAAGGUGUGUGUGUGUGUGUGUGUGUGUGUGUGUGUGUGUGUGUGUGUGUGUGUGUGUGUGUGUGUGUGUG